UGUGAAGGACAUAUCUCCAUAGCUAGAGGUGCGUGCUUGAUUGUGUCGUUUUGUUACUUUGGAACCGAGUCUGAGGGAAUUCAGAUAACUUUAGAUGAAGGAGAACAACCCCGGUAGAGAAUCCGAACGUACUCCAAGAGAGACGUCUCAUCUGAGCAAUUUUUGUUUUUUGAAGACGAUAAAAGGAAUAACCAAGAGUAUUAACGAAGAACUUCGAAGGAUUUGAAACUGGCCAUGUCGGUCUUUUCUUGUAAUGUCAAGAUCUCUCGAACACUAACGCCAACUGAGACAGUGGAUGGAAACUACUUUGCUCAGUAAUUAUUCAGAAGACCCCUCUCAGCUCCAAUCAACUUUUAUAUAAUUAGCAUGUUUGGUAUAGUAUAUAAAUUAUAUACCUAUACCUAGUUAUGCAGUAUGUUUUCAAACAAACAGAUUACCACAUUUGUUUAUGAUACAAAAGAUUUUAAUUUUAUCGUUAAAUCAUGUGAGGAAAAUGAGUCCUCAUUUGAUAAUAUUUUGCGACGAACAUGGAAACAAGCUGAAGAAAUUAAAGCAUUCCGAUAUAUUUUAAACAUAAAAGAUCAAAAAAUAUUAAAGGGAAAAUACAGAUUUUUAGUACAGUUAAAUCCAGAGAGAUCUCAGUAUAGACGUGCUCCAGAAUCAGUCACGUCUAUGGCGCAAUCUUUUAGCUCUACACGAUUUAAUUUUACUAAACUAACACAGCAAGAAAUAUUAUUUCAUAUAGGAAAUGGCGACUCAAAUGACAUAAUUGCAAUUAAUGCCAGUCCUUUGGAACAGAGUCAUUGUUUAUUUCUUGCAGAACGUCUAAAAUGCUUACCACAAGUUAUGACAGAGUAUAGUCUUUGUAAAGUAAUAGAAUUAUGUCUGUUAAGUAAUUCAUGGUCUUUAAGAGCUUUUUUCAAUAGUUUGUGCGCUCUUGCUUCUGUUAAUCAUUUACACUGGCAUUUAUACUACCUGAAAUAUGAGAUGCUUCUUGAAUAUAUCGAUGUUAGUAGUUAUAUAUAUGGUAUAUACUUGUUGUUGGAGUAUCCAGCAAAAGGAUUCUGUCUCAAGUUAUCUGAUUUCAAAAAUAUUAAAGAUUUUGCAUCUCGUGCAUUCUUUAUAGUGAACUAUUUACAAUUGCGUCAAAUGGCACAUAAUGUAUAUAUUACAAGAGCGAAAUUAAAAUCUAACGAUAAAUUAUAUAAUGAUGUACGUAUUUAUAUUUGGGUUCGAAAAUCAUUCACUGGUAUAAAAGAUGUAACUGCAAUUCUACCUGCAGUUUGCGAAUUCUUCGGACAUUUUACACUUAAUGAUGAAACUGUAUAUAAUAAUGUAACAGAAGAUGAUAUAAUUAAUCUUCUUCGCGAUAUUACGGAAGAGUGUUUUUUAUUAAUAAAAAAUGAGCUUAAAGAUAUUUUGGAAAAAUAA